UAAACUAGUUUCCGUGGUUACCAGAUCGCCUGCAGACGCCGGAGAGAGGUUAAGUAAAUUCCUGCUCCAACUGCGUGAAAGGUUAACGAUACCGUAACGUUUGGAUAUUUAUAUAUUUUGUGGUAAAUACAUGUUUAUUAGUAGGCUUAAGUUCUUAGAACGCUUCCCCGGUUGAGCCGUAUUGCUAACAGCCUUUUCUUGGCUUUGCGAAAAGCUGAAAUCGUCCGAGGGUAUCGAUGCAUUUAGCAAGACCAAAGUCUUCCAAAGGGAGGAGCAGAACCGCCGUUAACAGCUUGCUCCAUGCAUGUGAUUCAGACAUGGACCAGAAACCCCCAGAGUCUCAUCUCAGGAGGAGGCUGGACAGAAGCCUCCGCUCCCGAUCUGAGCCUGAAAUUCGGCAGGCCCGCAGGUGGAACGAGGAGGAAGUUCUGUAUUUACUGCAGCAGGUUCCUGCCGCACCACCGGCGUCUCUAAACAAGUACCAAGUCCUUCCAUCCAUACGGAGCAGGCAGUCCGAGGACAGGCCGGGGAAGAGCUUGGAUGAAAUGAUGCUGCAGCUCAGCCUGUCUGAUGGAGCAGUGAUCCAGAGCAGGAGACAGGAGGACAGGACUGAUGGACAGCUUGGUAUGGGAGCCUGGUCAGAUCCCUCAGAAACAGCACCACCAACAACUAAAACAGGCAGUCUGCUUCUGGCUAUAAGAGCACCGUGUGGUCGGAGGUUCGAGCAACACUUUGACCCUGCAGACACCCUGCGGGAGGUGAGAGCCAGCGCAGAGGCCUGGUUUGCUGCCAGCUACAGUGAGGCUUUCAUCGAGACCAUGGAUGUGCCACGUAGAACCUUCACAGAUAUGGACAUGACUCUGGAACGGUGUGGCAUCCUGAACAGAUCAGUGCUGUGCAUCUCUCAAUAGUGACUAUAUUCAACAGGAGAAAUAUUAAAUAAAGCACUGAUGCACCAUAUGAUACUUAAUCUGUUGUUGGAUGAUCCACGGGUUUGAGCAGAAUGAUGCACAGGAGAAAGAUGCACCAAUCAGACAGAAUCAGCUCAUCUUCAGGAGUCAGUAGGUGAGAAGCGAGGUAGAUCCUGGACAGAUCACCAGCCUGUUACAUGACAACACACACAUUCACUCCUAAGGGCAAUUUAGAGACCAGUAAGGUUAAGAUGCAUGUUUUUGACUGGGAGCAUGCCAGAGUACCUGGAGAAAACAUGCCAACACCAUGCACCAUACACUGGACCGCGACUCAAACCCAGAACCGAGAAAUAAAUGAACUUUUCAAUGAUAA